UUCAUUUUCCACAUAACUGUUCCUUCCCAUUUCUUUUCCUCUCCUUUCGACUUUUAUGCCUCAUAGUUUCUGUAAACUGGUCCUAUACUUUCCACCCUGUAAAAAUGGCUACUGCAAAUUCAAUACCUCUAGAACUCCGGCCUCUCGGUAACACGGGUCUGAAGCUCAGCUGUGUGGGAUUCGGCGCCUCCCCGCUAGGCAACGUCUUCGGGCCUGUCUCCGAAUCUGACGCCAUUGCCACCGUCCGCCAAGCAUUCCGCCUCGGAAUCAACUUCUUCGACACCUCCCCGUACUAUGGAGGAACACUAUCGGAAAAAGUACUAGGAAUUACAUUGAAAGCUUUGGAAGUGCCUAGGAAUGAGUACAUUGUGGCUACAAAGUGUGGAAGGUACAUAGAUGGUUUUGAUUUCAGUGCUGAGAGGGUGACAAGGAGCAUUGAUGAGAGCUUGGAAAGGUUGCAGCUUGAUUAUGUCGAUAUCUUGCAAUGUCAUGAUAUAGAAUUCGGUUCACUUGAUCAGAUUGUGAAUGAGACGAUUCCUGCACUUCUUAAACUGAAGGAAGCAGGGAAGAUUAGAUUCAUUGGUAUAACUGGGCUUCCAUUGGAAAUUUUCACUUAUGUUCUGGAUAGGGUGCCACCACGAACGGUUGAUGUAGUCCUGUCAUAUUGUCACUACGGUGUCAACGAUUCAACUUUGGAGAACCUAUUGCCUUACCUGAAGAGCAAGGGUGUUGGUGUAAUAAGUGCUUCCCCACUAGCAAUGGGCCUUCUUACAGAAAAUGGCCCUCCGGAGUGGCACCCUGCUUCCCCAGAGCUCAAGGCUGCUUGCAAAGCUGCUGCUGCUCAUUGCAAAGAGAAGGGAAGAAACAUAUCGAAGUUAGCCAUGCAAUAUAGCUUAUUGAAUAAAGACAUCUCUACAAUUUUGGUUGGGAUGAACUCUAUCCAACAGGUCAAUGAAAAUGUAGCUGCUGCAGUAGAACUUGCUACUAUUGGAAAAGACGAGAAAACUCUAUCAGAGAUUGAUGAUAUUUUAAAACCAGUGAAGAAUGAGACUUGGCCUAGUGGCAUUCAGCAAAGUUGACAAUGUUAUACAUUUAGUGCAUGUUUGUCUACGGAGGAUUGUAUAGCACGAAGUUAAAUUCUUGUUCGUGAUGCUCUCCAGUACUAUCCUGAUGCCCGCAUUGUGCACCAAACAUGCACGUUUAAUAUACUGCUGAAAGCGUGUAUUGUUGUGUGCUUCUUUUUUAUUCCUCCAGGCUUCUGAUGUCUGUAUGGUUCUAUUUGUUCUUGUACUCUGUGUAAUAAAUUUGCAUAUACAUUAAAACAUGUUUUUCCUGUAAUAAAGUCUAAAUUUUUGUUUCUAUUUGAGUGAAUGUACGUGCCUGAAACA